ACCACAUUUUGCGUGUAGACUUCAACUACUCUCACCACUGUGACUGUCCUGGACGAAAGGUUUGUUCAGCUCGGCUCCUGAAUGCCUCCCCGGCAGGAAUGUGAGCAGGACUUGUGGUCACUUCAGGAAGUGUGAUGCUGUGACAGACGACGGCGAAGAAGACGCACAAUGGCACUAUGUCUCGGGCUGCAGGCAUGAGAGCCCCUCGAGGAAGGACCCCCCGACUGCUGCUGCUUCUGCUGCUGCUGGCUGCGUUCCGUACGACAGUUUUCUGUCAGAUCGAUGACGCAGUUCCAGAUGAGGAAGUAGCACCAGACGAUGGAGGGGAAACCAGUGAAGGCGAGCCCGCAGAGGCCACGUCACCUCCUCCUGAGAGCUCGACACCCAUCCUGCCUACAGAACUGACAGAUGUCGACGGGAACGCUGUGGGAGAAGGCUCUGGAGGGAACCCUGACUCUUUUUAUACAGAUGGUGCAGAUGAUCCAGGCGCCACAGAAAGUCCAGGCGAAGAUGCCUUCAAUGUCACCAUCAUUCUGAUUCCUGUGGUGCUGGUCUUCUUAAUCAUCGCCAUGAUCGCUGUUGGCCUCUUCAUAAGCCGCAGGUGGAACAGUAAAGCAGCAAAUAAAGAUUCCAAAAUUGAGGACACAUACAUGGAUGCGUCCACUUCUGAGAAGGUGCCAAUGCCCAUGUUUGAGGAAGAUGUUCCUUCAGUCUUGGAGCUAGAAAUGGAAGAGUUGGAUCAGUGGAUAAACCCAGACAGUUAGUGAAAGCUUCAUUGAGACGGCGUCUGACUGAGCCGUUGUGUUUCACAUCUUUUUUUGAGAAAAAAAAAAUUGAGUUCCUGAAGAGACAUGAUAAAUCACGAGUGAUAACAAACACAUCUGAUGAAUGUUGCUGCGUAGGAGCUGCUUUUGAUGGACAUGUUGGUAGCCGCAUGUCAAGCUUAAUAUAUAUCAUAUAUAUUUAAUAUGCAGUUAUUUGAAGAGGAAAUUGUUUCAAUAAUUUAAAAAGAAAAUUAAAAUGAUUAUUCUAUUACAAAAAAAUAAAUAAAAUGUUUUGAAUACUAAAAUGUAUACAUGGCUUUUUAGUUUUUUUCUUUCAAAUGAGGAAACUUUUUAUAUAAUUAUUAGAAAUAAAAUUUCCAGAAAAUAUUGCGAUAAUAAAUUAUAUUUACAAGUAUCACUUAUUUGUCCAUUAAAAAACUGCCUUUGUGUUUACACCUUGUGUCUAAAUUCAAAAUAUAUAAAUUGGUGGUGUUGCCCUGGGCUUCCAACUUUUGGAUCUCAGGUCAUUGACCCUUAAUCUCUGUUCAAAUGUAAAUUACAAGAUUUAAAAAGUAUGUCUGAGCCGUGAAGACAUGUUGUUUGUCCAGGUUGACGGUGACAUGGCAUGUUGGCACUUUUUUGGAAUUAUUUUAUCUGUUAUUUUAGUUAUUUUAGUAUUUUUAAAUUGUCCUGUUUUCCAUCAGUCUUUUUCAUACAAUGUCAUCAACUGUGCUUCUAUAUGAAAUGUUGUUUUUGUGGAUUUUUCUGUCAGUGUCAUAAAGAUUAAUUCAGUCUCAUAAUUUUAAUGAGAAAAGUCUAUCAGUCUAAAGCCUGAAACAAAUGUGCUAGAUUCAAAACAAAGGUCAACAUGAAUUUGUCUUUGGUUACAUGUGUCUGCCGCCGCUGUCUUGUUAUGGCAGGAUCAUCCAGUUCCCACUGAACUCUCUGAUCAGCAUUCAAGUCUUGUGGUUUUCUCAUCAGCUGACUGCUGCAUUGUUAUUCUAUUUUGAGCUCUCCAUGAGACUGUGUGAGAGGGAUGGACACAACAAAUACUCUCCUCUCUGUUGGUCCAUGUGAUGCGUGUCCAGCUGUGAGUUUUAAUGUGAAAUUAUUACGUUGACAAUUGUAACGAUCUGUGACAGAGACAGCUUGUGCUUGCCCGCACCAGCUGAGCACUCACUGACGCACAGAGUUUAUAUUCAGAAAGAGUCCCGAGUGUGAAAUUUGGAGCGUUUGGGGUCUUUUGAGACAUGAUCAGCAGGUUUCUGGAGGCUCACUGGUGCUUUUCAGUGCUCACUGGCGACACCUUUUUUAUUUAAAGUAUUAGAAAAUGUUAGCAGUAUUUGACUAUCUUGUAAAUGUACGAUAAAAAACAUGUUUUUUUGUAACUGAAUGUUUUUCUUUUGCACAAAUUUGUGAAUUAAAGCA